AUGUCGUCAGUGGUACGUCGUCUCGUUGAUAAGGCCUCCUUGCCGCCCUGUGCGCUUCGCAUUCACCCGUCAGACCCAACGGUCUUCUAUAUCGGCACAUACAAGCUCGUGAAAGAUAACGAAAGGUACGGAACAAUCGAAAUAUGGAAAUGCACGAAAACGCUACAGAAGGUAAACGAGAUCGCAGCAGGAUCGGCGAUUCUGGACCUCAAGUUCGACCCGUUCGACGAAUCGCGGCUGAUUAGCGUCCAUUCAAUGGGAAACCUGAAAAUAUGGAAAUUAACGGACGAUAAUCUGCAUUUGAGAGAAACUUUAAAUUAUCAGGCAUAUGAAGAAAUUACGCUCAUAACCGCAGCCAACUUUCAUCCAACAAGGCAAAACGUGCUCACGUUGAGCACCACAACAGGAGUCUGUUCUGUUCUCACACUGGGCGAGAAAAUAAACCAAAGGGACUUCGACACGACUCAUGACCUAGAAUGCUGGUUUUCCACUUUUGGCUGUUUUGACGGCUUGCAAGACGUUGUAUUUUCAGGGGGAGACGAUAGAAACCUGAUCGCACAUGAUAACAGAAUGGCAGAUUUCCCUGUCUGGAAGACAGACCGCUUACAUGACGCAGGAAUUGUCUCAGUGCUGCCAGCCACACCGUCUUGGAAUAGUGCACAUCCUUACACCGUGUGGACAGGGAGCUACGACGACCAUCUAAACUUGCUCGAUUUGCGCGUCAGUCCACCCAGUGAUCUGAUCCCUGGGGUUCCGCCAAGAGUUUUGCAACGAGAAAACCUUGGCGGAGGGGUGUGGAGACUAAUUCCCGGGCCCAACAAUGAUGGCCGCGUUCUGUGUUGCGCCAUGUAUGCCGGUUGCAGAAUGCUCAAGUCCGCUGACGACACGAUCAUUGUCGAGCAGGAGUUCAAGGAUGAUCACGAUUCCAUGGUCUACGGAGGUGACUGGACUGCAGGCAACAUGGUGACGUGUAGUUUCUACGACCAAGUCAUUCAGGUUUGGGAUCAGCAAUAA